UUCAGACACUACACGACAAACGUAAAAAACGGCAUGUGGACGACAAUUGGUAUUCUGUCACUUCAGACGAAAUGAAGGCCUAUUAUGCACUAUGUAUUUUGAUGAGUCAAAUAAAGAAAUCAAAUAUUCAACUUUAUUGGACUAGAAGAGGUGUAUUAAAAACACCAAUAUUUAGGCAAAAGAUGCCUUUUAAAAGAUUUCGGCAAAUUUCGAGAUUUUUACAUUUCUCCGAUAAUGAAACUGAUGAUAGUAAAGACCGACUUCGCAAGAUAAGACCUUUAAUUAAGUUUUGGAAUCAAUAAUUUAAAGAAAUUUACACAACCAAUGAAUAUGUUAGCAUAGAUGAAUCCUUGAUGAAAUAUAAAGGGCGUUUAGCGUACAAACAGUUCAAUCCGUCAAAAAGAGCUCGGUUUGGAAUAAAAAUUUACAAAUUGUGCGAGGUAAGUACAGGUUUCUGUCAUGGAUUUAAGAUAUAUACCGACCAGGACAGAAUUGAUCGAAAGGAUAGUGCGUCGGAGAACGUUGUGGUAGAAUUUCAAAGUCUACAUAUAAUUAGCAAAGGAUAUACUUUAUUCCUGGAUAACUGGUAUUCUUCACCCAACCUGUUUCUAAAAUUACACCAGCGAAAGACAAACGUUGUCGGGACCGUAUGCAAGAACAGAAAAAAUAUGCCACAAGACAUGCAAAAGCAUAUUUUGAAGAAAGGAAAAUUUGUGUGGAGAUCUUGCAAUAAUUUGAUAGCUCUGCGAUGGAAGGACAAGCGCGACGUUUACAUGCUCUCCACAAAACACAAAACUAUAGAGAUGGUCGAGGAAUUAAACAAACAAUUACAGAAAGUAAUGAAUAUAACAAGGGUAUGGGUGCAGUUGAUCAUCAAGAUCAGAUGUGAACCUGUUUCCCAAUAA